AUCGCUCGUUUAGAGAGCAUCGAGGGGCCCCGGCAAUACCAUAUUCCCACUCAGUGUUUGGAGAUCAUCUACCCAGGCUGGGACUUCUCGGGCAGGCAAGGACCCAGGGCCCCUGGAAGAGCUGGUCCAGGGGACGUGAUUUCCCGUGUCUCCCCUGAGGAGAGCAUGACUGCCCUCCUGCCACUGCUGCUGGGCCUCAGCCUGGGCUGCACCGGAGCAGGAGGCUUUGUGGCCCACGUGGAAAGCACCUGUCUGCUGGAUGACGAUGGGACUCCAAAAGAGUUCACGUAUUGUAUCUCCUUCAACAAGGAUUUGCUGACCUGCUGGGAUCGCCUGCAGGCCAGUAUGGUCCCUUGUGAAUUUGGGGUACUGAACGGCUUGGCCAAAUACCUCUCAGAUUACCUCAACCAUAAGGAAAACCUGAUCCAACGCUUAUCCAAUGGGCUGCAGGACUGUGCCACACACACCCAGCUCUUCUGGAGAUCUCUGACCCACAGGACACGACCGCCAUCUGUGCAAGUAGCUAAAAACACUCCUUUUAACACGAGGGAGACUGUGAUGCUGGCCUGCUACGUGUGGGGCUUCUAUCCAGCUGAUGUGACCAUCACGUGGAGGAAGAAUGGGCAGCUGGUCCUCCCUCACGGCAGCGCCUAUAAGAUCGCCCAGCCCAACGGAGACUGGACAUACCAGACCGUCUCCCAUUUGGCCACAACCCCCUCUUUUGGGGACACCUACACCUGUGUGGUAGAGCACAUUGGCGCUCUUGAACCCAUCCUUCAGGACUGGACUCCUGGGCUAUCGCCAGUGCAGACACUGAAGGUUUCCGCGUGUGCUGUGACUCUGGGCCUGGGCCUCAUCAUCUUGUCUCUUGGUUUGCUCAGCUGGCGGAGAGCUGCCUCCUCCGGCUAUGUUUUCCUCCCAGGGUCCAAUUAUCCAGAAGGUCAGCUCAUUUCCUAGAGGCAGAAUCCUACAACUUCCUCUCCACAUGAGGAGAUUCAAACUCUUAAGGAUGCUGCUGUGCUCCUCCAACCCCUCCAAGCUUCCACAUUUUCUUGGAUCCUAUGGUUUCUCUAUUUGAUUCUUUGAAUAUCCCAGUCCCUGCUAUGUAAACCUUACAACUUGGGGAACUCAUUCCUGGGAAUAUUCUGUAACCAAGGUGUUGUCCGUAGGUAGAGCCCAAGGCUACGUAUCUGGGGUGAAUAUAAUCUGGGGAGGAAGUUCAAAGGCCCUCUUGGGGGCCCCCUGUGCCACAGAGGCAUGAGUCGCUGGUGAUCGUCUCUGAGGAAUAAACUCUGGUGGAAAUACAGUUUUUUAAUUAAAUGUUAUAUAAAAACUUUUUUUUUUCUUGAGGCCCUGAGGAGGGACUGUAGGCAGUUAGGGGCUGGGCUUGAUUCCCUCUCCUACUGGAGUCGAGGAGUCAGUGUUUCCUCCCAUUUUCCCAUCUAGACAUGACAGAACUGGGGACAGUUUCCUGAUGGAUAAUUCAUAAGAAGGUAAUAAACUGUGGUGGGAUGGAGUCACAGAGUCAGGGAUAGGAGGGGGUUAACAGUUUUCUGACCUCAUAAGGGAUCUUAAUGAGGAUUAAAUGAGUUCAUACUUGUAAA